ACUUUUUGGCCAAAUUUGGGUCCUAUUUGCUUUGAUUUAUCUCAUUAGAUGGUUUAAAAAUGUCUACAAACUGAAGCUUUUAUUUUGAAAAUGAAUCAGUUGAGCGUUUUCCUUAUUUAUUACUAUUUGCGUGACAUUUUAAAGCUAAAACUGAGACUGAGUCCACAGACAGGACAGGAUGUCAUGUUGAUGCACGUGAGGGUUUGAAAGUUCCUCGUCAGCACGUCCCAGGUAAACGUGGGGCAGCUAACCUGUCCUUUUACAGAAGUGAUUAAGCUGAUCAUCUGUGUGGUUGUCUGGAUUACAGCCAGUGAUUAUACCCAAGGAGAACAUCAUGUGGGUUGGGCUUGAAAAAAAAAAACCUACAAAAGGCCCCGACCAGCCGCCAGUCUCACCCUAAAGGUUCCCAGAGUUGAGUGACUGUGAACAGGGAGAACCUCCGCUUCACAGUAGACCAAACCGGGUAAAAGUGAAAGUCAGCCGCCUCAUCCGCCCCCUCAGAGAUGGGUAACUCAACAGGAAGCACCGUGGACGACCUGCAGGCCGUGGAGAUGCACCUGUGGUACAAGAAGUUCAUGACGGAGUGCCCCUCGGGUCAGCUCACGCUGCACGAGUUCAAGCAGUUUUUCGGGCUGAAAGGUCUGGACAUGGAGGCCAACGCCUACAUAGAGCAGAUGUUCCGGACGUUCGACAUGAACAAGGACGGAUACAUAGACUUCAUGGAGUACGUGGCGGCUCUGAGCCUGGUGAUGCGCGGAAAGAUGGAGCACAAGCUGCGCUGGUACUUUAAACUGUACGAUGUGGACGGAAACGGCUGCAUAGACCGCCAUGAACUCCUGAACAUCAUCAAGGCGAUUCGUGCGAUCAACGGGAAUGAAAACCAGGAAACAACCGCAGAGGAAUUCACCAACAGCGUGUUUGACAGGAUUGAUGUGAAUGGAGAUGGCGAGCUCUCCCUGGAGGAGUUUGUGGCGGGAGCUCGGAGUGACGAAGACUUCAUGGAGGUCAUGAUGAAAAGCUUGGACCUUCGCCACAUUGUGGCCAUGAUCCACAACCGGAGGCACAGCGUUUAGGACGCCUGCCACCUGAUCUUCAUUCAUGGUUUGACCCGAGUGCGUCAGCUUUAGCUGCCUCUGGUUAAGAAUAAAAAAAGGGUCUCCUUAAGUAAGAUCUCUCUU